CCGACUCAUUGUCAGACAGUUCAACUUUCUCAACUCUUACUUUUAACUGUCUUUAGUACCCUACUUGUUGUUUUAAAUUUUUACUGUGCCUUUGUGCGCUAGCACAUAAGAAAAUAAGGUUAUGUAAAUUAGUGCCAACACUGUUUGUGUCGACGAGUUAGACUGUUUGAUGCCUUCCAUUCAUUAGUCUGAAUCCAUGGACAAUUUGGAGAGGAAUGAAUCAAGAAGGUUGAAAAAUAACGUCAACUCAACACCAUUUGAUAGAACACCGUUGGAUUCGUCAGAAGAGGAAAUGGUCAGGCCAUCACUAGCGGGGGAUGGUUCACUCCAUUUCAGCACUCGCAAACGAUUAAGAUCUGCAGAAAUGGUUCCUGUGUCCGACUCAAACUUACUUAACGGAAAUCAUGUUGAAGAACCCGCACCAUUGGCAAAAUCACUCAAACGAUUCUCUAGAGAAGAAUUGGAACAAAUUAUUAUGGGGCAUAUGGUUGGCUACAUGUCAACCUACAAACCAUAUGCUGAUAUAGAGCAGGAAUUGGAUAAUUGCAAAAAAAGGAUUGAAAACUUCCAGCAAAAGAAUAUUUUGCUCACUAAAGAGGUGGUUGAUCUGAGGAACAUAGUCAAGUCAUUCGUUACAAAGAAUGCAAGCAAGUAUAACAGACCAAUAAAACAAUUGCGAUCUGUUGGCAUACAAGUGAAUCCUUCAGUCAAUAUUGACGACGUUAAACUUGAGAAUGUCGAACGUGACUCAUCACCUUCUACAUCAUCCUCUUAUUGCGCUUCAAUCCCUGUAAAGAAACGUGAAAAAUUGAGGGAGGAAGAUGUGCAACAGCAAGCUAUGAGUAUUAAAUCUGAUCAAACUAAAGAAGACGAUGAUCUUAUGGUGAUGUUUGAAAAUUCGACGAAUUUCACUCAGUCGGGCAUAUCCCUUGAUCAACAUAAAUCCAUACCUGUCGUGGAGCCGAUUCCGACAAAACCAAUUGUUACCGUAACGAAAACGACUAAUAAUUAUACUGCUGCUCUUCGCAUUUCAUGGAAAUUUCCUGAAUCAAAUCAUGCGAAAAUCGUUUCUUGUCGUGUUUUUAUGUUGAUUGAAAAUAAGAACCGUUCUGUCAAUAACGACCAAAAUUGGUUUCCAAUUGGCGGUGACACCUCUAGAAUGUCGUGCACUAUUCCUUUGGGCCGUCCUGACAAACUACAAAACCGUUAUCAAUUCAAGGUAAGAGCCACCGGCAUUAACGGACAAGAAGGGCCAUAUAGCGAUGUGGCGCAUGCUGACUUUCCAUAAGACAUAGUCAUAGUCCAUGGUCAUUUGCAAACUUCUACUAAUAAGCUGUUGUUGGUGAGAAAAUUAUGGUCUAUUGGUGCGCUAAAUGCUUAUAAUUAAUUAAGCAACAUUUUCAACUUGUUUCACCCCAAUGUUCAAGAAAAUUAAUCGUAAUUUAAUUUCAAUAUUCGUCUAAUGAGUAAAAUUCUGUGUCAUAUCACUCAUAUGCUUUUGGUUUUCCUAAAUCCGGUAAUCUGUAUUGAUGUUAAGUGUGCGAUUUGAAUCAUAAUUGUUGAAGUCAAUAUUCUCUUCCGCCCCAGAGCCAGAGGCUUAGUCUCUCUGUCAUUUUAAAUGAUUUUAUCAUUUCAAUUACAUUUUCUUCAUCAAUUUAAUUCAUUGGUAACAUGCCUUGAAAUGUUUGUCAACAUGUGAUGUCAAAUAAAUACAAAUACAAUUCAUGUAGAUUA